AUGCCCGAGGAGAAGGAGUUUUCGCCCUUGGAUGGGCCUACCAAUGUUAUACUCGAGGAGAAGUUGGCCACUCAGCUUCCUAAACUCACCGAUGAGCAAAACAUCAUCAUCAGCAUGGCUCAGGAUGUUUUCACCAGUGAGGCCACCGUUAACAACCCCUACAAGAUCAAGGUCCAACAGCAGCUCGCGACUGCCAGGGAUCCUCUUGACAUGAACCCAAAGUCGGAAAAGAUCGGCUACCUGGACGAAUUUGGAUAUUUGGUCGAAUGGAACAAAAUUAAAGACAAAGAAGGCAAGGAUAUAAUGGCCACCCACGCACUAGGCGAGGCGACCAAUUUCACCGCCAUUGCCGUGGUGGCUCUCGCAAGCGGGAACUACAGACAGGACUCAUGGGAGGUUCAGAAUGCCAACAUGCACAUCAGUAAAUUCAUAGACGUGCUUGAACACAAGAGCUGGGGAAAUAUGGAUGAACAUGGCGAAACCCAUCCCAUCCGGCACCAGGCAUGGGUGGAGUACUAUGGAGAUGCCCAAGUGAGAGACCGGCCAAUGUCCAAGGAUUCGUUCGGUCAGAUUGUUCUGGCCUGUUACUACGCCUACACAUGCCCGAACAGCUCUUCGCAAGUACGGCAGCAGGCACAAAGUCUUCUGAGCAAGUGGAUCAAGUAUCUCAGUAGGCACCAGUGGCGCCUCCAUUCGAACUACAUCCCAAAAGAGUUCGAGGCAUCCGACAAGAAAUUCGACAACCUGUUCGAGGACGAAAGGCACCAGAAAAAAAUCAUGAGUUUUGGUCAAGAGACUUAUCUCCUGUAUCCACAUGAACUGUGGGCGCUAAGGAACUGUGCAAUCGAGAUAGCCGUGCCGCACGAGAUCGUCUUACCGCCUGCAGAUUUUUCCACCACCGUCAAUGCGACGUUUUUCGAGCCUUUUCUGGAAGAUUUGAUCAAGAACAGCGGCGACGCUGUUGACUACCUCUACGACCGUCUCCAGUACCGGAAGAAAUGGAGUCUGGACCUCGUCCCGGGAUGGAAGAAGAGCAGGAUCACCGGAACACUCAGCAUCGGCGCGUUUGGCCCACUGAGCAAGAAGCAGGUCCGUGACAUGUUCAAGGCUGUGGUGCGUGACAGCCUUAUCUCCGCCUUCACAUUCCAUCAGAAAAUCGAUGGCAUCUUCGACAGCAUCAUGCGACCCCUUGCCCAGUUUCUAUACGCGCCAGAAAUCACUCAGAUCGUGCGUGAUCUCAUCGACCAGGUCUGCCCCUGGCUCGAUUUCACUGUUUUGGUGGAGUUGAUGGAUUUCGUCCUCGCCCUCGAGAUCACCAAGCAGACCUACAAGGAGUCAAAUUCGGCCUAA